AUGUCCAUGGUUGCAUUCACCUUUGGCUCGUUUGGCGACAUUCUCUCCAUCAUCGACCUCGCCGUCAAAAUCCGCAAAGCACUCGGCGAUGGCGCCGGCUCCUCGAAAGACUACCAGGCUCUGCUCUUCGAACUCGAUUCGUUCUCUGAUGUCUUGACGACUGUACACAACGCAAUCUAUUCUCAAGAUAAGACGCAGAAAUUGCCAGGUUCUGUCGAGCGAGCGAUACGAAGUGCGCUCAACUCGGCGAGAGAGCUCUUAGGCGAGUUCUAUGCGUCUAUAUCAUCGUACAAAGGCAGUUUGCAGGAGGGAGGGUCAGGGAGCAUGAUACGGGAUUCGUGGUGGAAGAUUGGCUGGUCUUUGUUUAAGAAGGAAGAAGUAGUAGAGAUGCGGAGGAGGUUAAAGGAUCAGGUCGAGAGGCAUAACGCGCUACUAGCAGUCUCUCAAUGGACUUCUCUCCGACGGUUAGAGGAAACUUCCAAACGACAGCAUCUCACGCUUGCUCAGGUUUCCCGUCAAAUGGAGAGGCCUCCUCCAAAGCUCGGUCAUACUUGGGAAGGAGAAAGCAGCUCUUCAACAGAUCGGCUACUCCUACUGACCGAUAUGCUCGGCCAGACAAUAUCACUUCCCAUAGAACUGUGUGCAACUCGCGAGCUCUUCGAUAACCUACUGAAGCUCUACUUUGCCAAUCGUGCGGGAGAAAGUUUCGUUGAGCGGGGAGACUAUGAUAUCACUGUUUCUGACGAUAUUUCACAUAUUGCUCCGAUCAAGUCAGCACAAUGGGGUGAUGUGGUCAAACCCGGUACUGCUCUCGCGAUGAAUGCAAUUCUUCGCCGCGAGAAGAAACAUCUUUGUUACUGUCCCUGCUGCAGUCGGGUCAUAGAAUCUGGAUCGAUGGAACCUGGCUCUAGUAUAAAAUGCGCUUGGCUCACUGUUUCUCGAAGUGAACAGCCGUUUCUCGUUUCUAUCGACAUCGAAUGCAAUGGCCAACUAGUACAUUGCAGGAAACCUCCCACUUUUCUAAGUAAUAUCACGCCUCGGUCGCCGUUUCCUGUGACGGCGCUAGGAGACAACGAGAUUCAGUUCCUCCGCCGUAUACAUGUCACGGAAUCAGUCUUGGUCAUGCCACUGAUUGCGACUGGGUUUCGCACGUCCUGGUAUAACUCUCGCGGCGAAAAAGAGAUAGGCAGGAUUACGGAUCUACGUCAAGUGGACGAGUGUACCGAGGUAUGCCAAGUUAUAACUGAGAGCACGACCUCAAAGUCUCGAGGCCGGGCCAACUCUUUCGCCUCCGUCGUUGGCGAGGCUGCCGUCGAAGAAUUGGAGGACGAGUCUGACACCAGCGAGAUCGGCUCUCCGCUUCGCGAGAACCUGUUAACCGACCUCGGCGAUGGAUUUGAGAGAGAUAUGGAAAGUCUCACUUCGAUGCCCUCGUCGUCCGGAGCUACCACCGAAGAUCGAGUGGAAGGACGCACUUCGUCGGGUUGUUAG